ACUAGCAAAGAGGAUGGCGGAGGAUGGGAGGGAAGAGUCAGUGGCUACUGACGACGACUCUGACCACACAGCAGCAGACGGGAGCAACAGCCUGAACAACACGAUGGUGGAGGAGGGCUCCACUCUCCUGCGCAGGAUGGAGAUCUGUGUUGCUGAGGCUGAAAAAAGGAGUGGCAAAAAUGCAGUGAACAUGCAGGAGACGUUCACCGUGUACCUCGUCGAAACACGGCCAAUGGAUGCAGUUGCUGAAGGUCGCAACCCGGCCCCUGACUCUCUGUGGAGGAGAUACAGUGAAUUUGAACUUCUGCGGAACUACUUGUUAGUCACCUAUCCAUUCAUCGUGGUCCCGCCUCUGCCAGAGAAGAGGGCAGAGUUUGUGUGGCACAAGCUGUCGGCAGACAACAUGGACCCAGACUUUGUGGAGCGCCGCAGGGUCGGGCUGGAAAACUUCCUGCUUCGUGUGGCAUCACAUCCCGUCCUCUCCAAUGACAAGAUCCUCCACCACUUUCUGACUGAGGAACAUGGCUGGAAGGAAGUGGUGUAUGAGACAGGAUUUCAGGCAAAGGCAGAUUCCAGGCUGAGAGCUCUCAGUGCCACCUUCAGGGUGAGAAAUCCAGAUAAACGCUUCAUGGAGAUGAAACACUACAGUGAUGAGCUGCAGUCUCACACAUCUCAGCUGCUCCGAGCACGAGCAAGAGUUGCAGAUCGACUCUAUGGUGUUUACAAAGUCCAUGGGAACUAUGGAAGAGUUUUCAGUGAGUGGAGCGCCAUAGAGAAAGAGAUGGGAGAUGGACUGCAAAGUGCCGGUCAUCAUAUGGAUGCAUUUGCUGCCUCAAUAGAUGAUAUCUUAGAAGAAGAGGAACAUUAUGCAGACCAACUGAAAGAGUACCUCUUCUAUGCUGAAGCUCUGAGGGCAGUAUGCAGAAAACAUGAGCUGACCCAGUUUGAGCUUGAGAUGGCCACCCAGGACCUCAUCUCCAAGAAACAGCAGCGUGAGGAGCUGGCUACAGGGAUUGUGCGGACGUUCUCCUUUAAAGGAAUGACCAACAAGCUGUUUGGCCAGGAGGCACCUGAGCAGAGGGAGGCCAGGCUGAAGCUGCUGGAGGAGCUGAUCGCAGAGGGUGAAGAGACCGUCAAGGAGAAAACGAUCGAGUGCGAAGAGCAUGUUGAAAGGGCGUGGGUGGAUAUGCAGCGCUUUAAGGAGCAGAAAGACAAAGAUCUGCGGGAAGCACUCAUCAACUAUGCUGUCAUGCAAAUCAGCAUGUGUAAAAAGGGAAUACAAAUGUGGAGCAAUGCCAAAGAAUGUUUCCUCAAGAUGUAAAGUUGAAGCCAUAUUUAAAGGAUUUCCAUUCUCAGUGAUGCUCAGUUGUGGAUGCUGAGAAACGAUGCCCAGUGUCUUCUGGAUAGAGUAACAGUAAAGCAACAACAUUGCGUAUAAAAAUAAUGUAGUUUGAAGUAUUUACACAAAAUGCAUUCAUAUGCAGUUAACUUUCGAUUUUAACUUUUUUUACUUUCUUUGUUAACUUUUUGUGGAAUGAAAAGGCUUAGGAAGGUGGUGAUUCACACAAAGCACAUGACGGGGACACUGGAGACCAGGGUUCACAGGGUUAACUUUCUCAAGAUUUAGAUACGACCAUGUUCUCUCUCCCUAAAGAAGCACUUUUGUUGAAGUCAAGUAACUACUCGUGAGAUUAGUGAAGUGACUUUGACAUUUGGGGAAUGUGCUGUUUGAAAGACAUGGGGUUUUAUGCCUCUGUGCCAGCAACAGCUGUGACCGAUGGCAUUAUGUUUUCAGGUUGUCUGUCCCAUUCUGGUGAAUGCAAUAUCUCAAGAAUUCUUUGAGGUAAUUUCUUCAAAUUUGGCACAAACAUUCUCUUGACGACUCAGCGAUGAACUGAUUAGAAUUUGGUGGUCAAAGGUCAAGGUAACUGUGACCUCAUCUGACCCAUUCUUGUGAAUGUGAUAUCUCAAGAAUGCCUGAAGGGAAAAUUUUCAAAUUUUGCACAAACAUCCACUUAGACACAGAAAUGAACUGGUUAGAAUUUGGGUGUCAUGGUCACUGUGACCUUGUAUCCGUCUCAUUCUUGUGAGCAUGAUAUCUCAAGAACACCUCGAGGGAGUUUUCUCAAAUUUCGCACAAACAUCCAAUUGGGCUCAUUAAUGAACUGAUUAGAAUCAAUUGUUAUUUAGGGUUGGGUACUGAUCUCUGUACUUUUAAGGAUAUCAACUGAAUAAUGUUGGUACUACAGAGUACUGAGCCACUUGAAAUCUAAUGGUGCGAAAUUUCGGUACCUGAAAGCACAUCUGGGUGAGAAUGCGGGGUUUAGACAAGAGGAGGAGCGUGUUGUGAAGCACCCUGAAGCCUGGAAGCCAGCCACAGAGCUCCAUGGAACCACAGAGUUCAAAUUCAGACAGGAGGUAGAAGCAUCCCUGAGCACAGAGCUCCACAGCUGUUCCUUCGGCUUCCCAGCAAACUAAGGGGCUGUACACAUGCCAUGUUUUUUGCGCCCUCAGAUUCAUUGUUUUUAGUGUAGAGGUGCGGCAGGUGCACUCAAACGCCAGAGAUACGGCAGUGCAGCAGGCAUGUGUUCCCAAGCCCGUGUUUUUCAGGGUGCGACCACUACACCCUGAGAUAAACUGAGUUCAACUUUUGGAACACAGCAGCGUGCACGGUAUGUCAUGUGAUGAUGACCAACCAAUCACAGCUGACAGAUAUCUUUCCCUUCAUCCAUAAAUAUCAGUCUGUGAUAACUGUGGAGAAGAAGUUAAUCAUUUUAGUGCAGAGCUGUCAGAGCUUUAGACAGACAACAGGCCUACACAAACAGUGCCUGGAAGAAGAUCAGCUCUGCACUCAGGAUUUCAGGCAAAUAGGCUAAUGCGGUGCUUGCUGUGGUUGUUUAGCAACCUUAGACGCAACCUGCUGCUAUGCUCUUAAAAGCUGGCACAGAAAAGGCACAAGAGAAGCACCCGACCCCGUGUUUUCCAGGCGAUUAAAGGUGCGGCAUGCAUACGGCCCCAAGCUGUUGCUAUAGCGCCAGUCUGCUGUGAUAGUUUCAGCAUCUGGUCUUUUUUGCUUUCUACCAUAUUUUAACAAUAAAUUAUAUUACUAAUUAUAACUUUUAGACGAGCAGAAAAGAGAAGAGGAGCAGGAUUUAUUUUACGUCUAUUACAUCAGUCCUGCUGCUUGUUCAAAUGGUCAAGUGUUGAAAAGGUACUGCUGGGCACCUCGUUCGAGUUCUCUGAACUGGUACUGGUAUCAGUUUAAAUGUGACUGGUACCCAACGCUUUUGGUAACCAUGGUAACAUGUCUAUGCUUUAGGGAUUGUCCCUGACACUUCAGAAAUUUAAAAGCAGUGAAAACAGUGGAACAGUAGCAAACACACAGUAUCUUCCAUCAUGAUGUUACAGCACAACAUGCCUCUCUACCGGUUUGUCAUGUUUUAUGAUACAUGCUCAUAAAUCCAGAGAACAUAACAUUUGCCCUCGGCUUUCCCUCGGCCUGAACCAAAUAAAGGGAACUACAGGUGUGAAAAUGACUUGGGCUGCUUAAACAUGACUAUGAAGACAUUGAAAGUACGCUGUAGUGCUCAGUAACAUUCAGCAUUACAUUUCCCUCUGCGGUGAGGUAAUUGCUUCCAGUCAUGCUUUAGAUGAAUCAGUCAAAGUGAAGAAGCUACAAGAUGUUGAUUUCAUGUGCUGAUGUGCAGGACAGUGUAUUAUACUAACGUACAGGAAGCUGCACAUAAGAUUCAUGAAAAUCAGUCUGAGAUGAUUUUAUUUAAUUGAAUUUAACCUUCAUACUGUAUAUUGCCUGAAAUGUUUCCCUUACAUGUUUAAAGGGAUAGUUCACAUUUUUUGAAGUGGGGUUGUAUUAAGUUCUUAACCACAGAUAGUGUAUAACAUACAGUAAAUGUCAGUCAGCAUGCCCCCAGUUUGCAAAAGCAGGCUGGAGUCUGACACGGAAGCUGAGCAAUCUACUGCUGUGGAUGAGGUCAGUAACAAAACAAAUUUUAGCCACCUAAAAAAAAAAAAAAAAAAUCAAUGUCAGUUUAAAAGUGUGAUAUAUUAAAAGUAUUACAGUGCUUUACCUUGCUCUCAGACUGAUUACCAAUAGGAUAAUGAGGCUGUUGCAGUAAUUUAACAUUGCUGAAGAAAGGAGCUGCUGCUCUACCACUGCCUCAAUCAGUUAGUUUGUGUUAUUGUGUGACUAUGGCAUAGUUUGUUAAAACACAUUUUGUGCUGACCCCGUCCACAGCAGGAGAUUGCUUAGCUUCCAUGUCAGACUCCUUCCACUUCUCCAAACUUGGAGCAUGCUAACCAACAUCUGCUGUAUGUCAUAGACUGGCUAUGGAUAAGUAUCCCUUACAACCCCACUUCAAAAAUCUGAACUGACUCAUUAAAUAACAGUUUAUUUCCUGUAUUGGAGGCUUGCCAGCAAUAAGCUUUUUGUGUGUAUUUGUGAAGUUUUCAUAACUCCAUUUAUCUAAACCUAUUUGUAUUUCAGAUUUUAAUCUCAAUUUGGAUGUAGCUGUUUGUUUUAUUUAUUUGAAUAAAAUGAGUCCAUGC